AUGAACAGCACCAGACACAGACUGCUUUACCAGCUAAACAGUCGCUGGAUCUACGGAAAGAUUCCGCUGCUCCAUUCGAUUGUCUUUCUUUUGCAAAUGGCUGCCGUGAGUCUGCUCACGCGCAAGUACAACCAGUACUAUGCAGCGCGGCCAGUUCUUACCACAAUGAUCACCAACGCCGUGUUGGGUGGUAUUGCGGACACGGUAGCGCAAACACUGACUGCUGUGCGAGAGCGCGCCGUUCGCAAGAAGGGCGGCCCAGGCAAGGACGACUUCCUGGCGAUUGAGAUUCACGACCUCGACAAGCGCAACCCUUUCAACGAAAACGAUCUCAUUCCCGACUCGAAGAAACUCCCGCCGCCCUUUGAUUUCGAGCGCACCACCAGGUUCAUGUCGUACGGUUUCCUUAUGUCGCCCAUCCAGCAUAGGUGGUUCAGGUUCCUAUCCGCCACCUUCCCCGUCACAAAGACUGCUACAUGGAUGCCGGCAUUGAAGCGCGUGGCUUUUGACCAAUUCCUGUUCGCUCCAGCCGGUCUGGCUGCAUUCUUUACCUUUAUGACAAUUGCUGAGGGCGGCGGUAAGCGAGCCGUGCAGCGUAAGUUCCAGGAUGUCUAUGUGCCUGCGCUCAAGGCCAACUACAUGGUCUGGCCAGCAGUGCAAAUCAUCAACUUCCGUGUCAUGCCCAUUCAAUACCAAAUUCCUUUUGUGUCCAGCGUAGGUAUUGCCUGGACUGCUUACCUUUCCUUGACCAACUCCGCCGAAGACGCCUAA